CGCGAUCAGAAAUACCACCUCGAGCGAUCUUCUGGCGACACUUCGAAUGAACGAAGCUGCAAUAGAUGACCUCACGGUUUGGAACAGCCGCUGCAUGUGUGUGUGGUCUCCUGACAGCUCGAGGCUUGUCGCCGUACACCGGACAGCCGGCGAGAUGUCGCGAUCGUUUGCGUAUGUGUGGGACGCGGAGACGUACGCAGCAUUACGGACCGUCGCAAACGGUGAACCGACACCGCCGAUUCAGCUGCUUCCAGGCUUGACAGUACUGCCGCCCCUUGCUGUAUACUAUUCUUCGGACGGGUUGCGCCUCCUAGGCGCAAAGUAUACCCAACAGGAAUGGAGCUCUCCAUCAGCCCAGUGCCCAAUGGAGGUCAAGAUCGAUGUCUGGGACGUCGUGACGGGGGUCUCGCAUCGGCCUCCCAAGAACGGGGCCGUCGAAGGGCCCGCGAGAUCUUUGGCGACACAAUGUGCUGUCUGGGUCUUCGGCGAUACGAUUCACCUCUUCGACCUUACGCAGGGAGGACUACAAUGGGCGACUUUGCGUCAUGCAAGCAGGAUGGACACCCACGAUCAGCAUCUUAUGUUCUGUUCUACAGGCCAGCGACUACUAUCCUGGCACACCCGGAGACCGACUCCGGAUCUCCCGUUCAUCCAAAGCCACGGGACGUCUCUGAAGCUCUGGGACACGCGGAGUGGCGAAGACGCCACCUCAGGAUCGAGUCGCUUUAACGGCCUGUCUAUGAACCAUGUCUGCUUCUCCCCUGACGGACAGCACUUCGUCACCGCCAGCGCGGACAGCCCGCUCGUGGAUGUAUGGAAGGCAUCUGACGGAUCGUGGUCGACCUCCUAUUCGAUCCCUCAGCCUGCGCACGACUUUGACUACCCCGAGCAGAUCACCUUCUCCGCUGAUGGAACCCGCCUAUGGGUGGGGACGUUCCGUGGACAUAUCUACUCCUUCCCACUAUAGUGAUUCACGGGUCCUUGGGACAGCCAGAUCUUGAACCCUGUAUUAAG